AUGGUGUCCACGAAGGCUGUGGCCGCCCUGCUGGCAGUGCAUGCAGCCGCCCUGCUGGCCUCCCGGACGGAAGCCUAUGUGCCCAUCUUCACCUACAGCGAGCUCCAGAGGAUGGAGGAGCAGGAGCGAGACCGAGGCCACAAGAAAUCCCUGCAGCAGAGGUCAGAGGAGGCGGCGUCCCUGGGCCCCGCAGAGCCCUUGGAGGGAGAGGAAAGCAGACCGCUCAAGCUGACUGCACCCGUGGAAAUUGGAAUGAGGACGAACUCCAGGCAGCUGGAAAAGUACCGGGCCGCCCUGGAAGGGCUGCUGAGAGAGACCACCACGCCGGGCUGGGUGGUGCUCGCUGCAGUCAAUCACCACAGCCUAGCCCCGGUCCUGAGCCCCACUGGGCCUUGCCCUGAUGGAGCAGCUGAGGAAGAAGUCCUGCUGGGGGAAGGAGGAGGCCUGAGCCGGCCGGGCGCCCCCACCCACACGGAGUGA